GUUGCGAGUGGACAGUGGAGAGCGGAGAGCGGAGAGGCACGAUGAAGAGGAGGAGGAGGAGGAGGAGGAUGAAGUGAGAGCUCUGGCGAUCGAGCGAGCGGCUUCUUCGCGCAGGCGUUUUAUCGCUGCGAGGUUUAUUUGACGGUGCCUUUUCGUGGAUGUAGGUUGGAACGGUGGUGAUUGCGGAUCGGAUUUCGGGGAACAAAAUGCUUUUCUUGUAGUUUUUGAGUUUGUGUGAAGUCGAAAGUGGUGGAAGAUGGUGGCAGUGAAUUUAGGCUUCGCGCACUAUUUGUUGGAUCAUUUGUAUGGGACUAUCAUGCACCGAUUGCGGUUGGCACCGCAGUUCUUCUCCGGUGGAUGGGGGGGCCAGAAUAUGGUUUUGUUGGAACAGAUAACGAGACAGCUUCUCCAGCAGGGGCUGCAACAGGUUUCGGCUCAGCAUUGGCCUCCUCCAGCCGUGCGACCCAUAUGGAAGACCGUUUGGGAAUCUCGCACUGCUAAAUUGCAGGAAGGGAUUUUUGUUACCCCAUGCGAGGAGCUCGUAAGACGAGCUCUCCCCUUUGAGAGCCAAACUGCGCGCGUGCGCCUGCUUACUCCAAAGAAUGCUCCGCGGCACAGAAGUUCAUGUGUGGUUCACCUUGCAGGUACUGGAGAUCACGGAUUUGAGAGGAGAUUGAGGAUAGGCGGUCCUUUGCUGAAAGAGAAUAUCGCGACUUUGGUCCUCGAAAGCCCUUAUUAUGGAAAUCGACGGCCUAAACUACAGCGAGGUGCGAGGCUGCUCUGUGUGAGUGACUUGCUGUUGCUUGGGAGGGCCACAAUAGAGGAGACACGAUCACUUCUGCACUGGCUGGACAAGGAGGAAGGUUAUGGGAAACUUGGUGUCUGUGGGCUAAGCAUGGGAGGCGUUCAUGCUGCCAUGGUGGGCUCCUUGCACCCCACACCCUUGGCUAUAUUGCCUUUACUUGCACCUCACUCUGCGGCUGCGGCUUUCUGCGAAGGUAUUUUACAAUAUGGAACAGCAUGGGAUGUGCUAAUGCGAGAUGAAGCUGCAGCUACAGGCAUGACUCUGGAGAAAACUAUGGAGCGCAUGCGUACGAUACUCUCCCUCACUGAUGUGACCAAGUUUCCCAUCCCGAAGAAUCCUAAAGCAGUUAUUUUUGUUGCAGCUACCGAUGAUGGCUACAUUCCAAAGCACUCGGUACAACAGCUGCAUGAUGCAUGGCCUGAGUCAGAGGUGCGGUGGGUGACUGGUGGCCAUGUGUCUUCUUUUAUCCUACACAAUAAGGCAUUCCAGCAAGCCAUCCGAGACGGGCUUCAGCGGUUGGAUUAAUUCCUUUGCAUUGGGUUUUCAUUCAGAAGUAUCUUUCCUAUUUUUUCAUAGCUUUGCCGCUCUCUAGUCAACAUUUCCUUUGACAAAUUACUGCUGGUUGAGAAAAAAGCCAAAAGGGAGGUAAUCAGGAAGUAUUCUUUAGUAGCCAAGAUUUUUAAAUCCAUAGCUGUUCACUUAUCACAAGCUUCCUCGGUUUACAUUUUUCACCCACAGGAUAGUACUUAUCAUUUUGAAAGAUAUAUCAACAGCAAACAUGCGCUCAAACAAAAUUGCAGUGGACGCGGGUUACAGACCCUUUGAGUGGCGAUGUCUGCUCUAGAAGAAGUCGUUAUUUUACUCCUUCCGCGUUAUUCUCUUAUUACCGUGAGUCGUGAAAUGUGAAAGGCAGAGAAUACAAGAUUUUCUAUCUUGAUUCAGCACAUUACCUGAAUAAAGCAAUUGGCGAAGCCAUGAACGAAAUUUCAAGUC